AAAGUGUCAGCCAAUGGCAUCACACGUUGAUGCUACGCUGCGUGUGUUUCUUGCAUCCGGGUGAGCUGGUUGAGGUCCACACAGGUGUUACAGUGAACCUGCUGGCUUUCGAUGUUCACAAUGUACGGAUCCAUUCGGGUGCUGCUGCAGGUGCUGUGGGCCCAGCUGCUCUGUGGGUGGGUCCUGGGCUCCGAACUCACUUUCGAGCUGCCAGACAACGCCAAGCAGUGUUUCUACGAGGACAUCAUCAUCGGCACCAAGUGUACACUGGAGUUUCAGGUGGUUACUGGUGGUCAUUAUGAUGUGGACUGUCGUUUGGAGGACCCAGACGGAACGGUUCUCUACAAGGAGAUGAAGAAACAAUACGACAGCUUCACCUUCACCGCAGCCAAGAAUGGCACCUACAAGUUCUGCUUCAGUAACGAGUUCUCUACUUUCACACACAAGACUGUCUAUUUUGACUUCCAGGUUGGCGAGGAUCCACCACUCUUCCCUAAUGAGAACAGAGUUACAGCCCUCACCCAGAUGGAAUCAGCCUGUGUGUCCAUCCAUGAGGCUCUGAAGUCGGUCAUCGACUACCAGACUCACUUCCGCCUCCGCGAGGCCCAGGGACGCAGCCGGGCAGAGGACCUCAACACCCGUGUUGCGUUCUGGUCCAUUGGAGAGGCCUUCAUCCUUCUGGUGGUCAGCAUCAGCCAGGUGGUGCUGCUCAGAAGCUUCUUCUCUGACAAGAAGACCACCACAACACGUGUCGGAUCGUAACACUCUCUGAACCCUGGGAUCACUCAUCACUUCCUUCAUCAAGACCUGGGCUUGUGUGCAUGAAGCAGGUUAGAAUAGAAGUAUUGAUCUGAGACUGGAUCAUAUCACAUUGUCAGUUCGUACAGUCUGACAAGUCAUCCUCAGUCAGCACUUCUAUUCUGCAAAGCUUUAUGCAAAUGCACCCUGGCUAAAAUGGUGAAAUAUUUUUCAGUUAUUUUGGAGGGGUAAAGAAACAUAACAAACAAAAAAAGAAGUGCUUGAUUAAGUGUUGCUUGUAUGUAUUCUGGAGACAGUUCAAAGUGGCUGGUCAUAUAAUUUAAGCAAACCUCAAGUACUUCAACUAUUUGAAAUAAUUUCUAAAUGUGUUCUCUUCUACAUGUUCUCGUUUUUCUAAAUGUGUUUGCUUUUUUGCCCAGGUUAGCCUCCAUCAUCACAUAUUCUCUGUCCCAGAUCCAUUAUCCUUUUUUAGCCCAAAGUGUGUGCUGUAAUAGCCAAGUGAGUGGCAGUUGCAUCUAAAUAUAGUGAAAGCAUAAGAGACCUAAGGAUUUUUUUUUUCCUUAUCUACAUAGCCUUGAGUCACUAUAAACAGAACAGGCUAGGUAAAGGAAGUUUCCCACAAAGGUUGUAUUUGAUCAGGAAAAAUAUCACAUAUUUUUCCAUCCUUUGAGACAGUCCAGCCCCCCUUUUUAUUAGUUGAGUCAUUUACAACAAGUUGUCUUAAGGGAAUCUGCGAUACAUAGAGUAUAGCAUAUUCCCAGCCAACUUUAACCUCUUAUUGGCUUGAAACAGUCAUACACAAGUUUGCAUUUGGGUUUAAAGGUAAACAUCAGUAAUUUAGAACCAGUAGCUCUCCCUCAAGUGACAACAGACACAAAUCCUUCAAUAAAAAAAAGCCAAGGCAGUGUUUCAUUUAAUAUUUUUAGAUUUCAUUUGCCGAAUUAUUAUAUGCUUUAAUGAGUUUAUGCUACAACUUUACUUUUAAACACGCCCGGGUGAAUUAUCUCCUUCAGUUUGUGUCGUUAUACAGACUGACUCCUCUGUAUUACAGCUGUGAGAAUGCAAGAGUGUAAAUGUCAAGAUUAACAAGUCUGCUCUCAUCUGCAGAUGACAAACAUUUUGAAAAAUGUUUGCGCAUUUAAACAUUUGUAAAAUGCCAGUGUAACAGUUUGUAGUGCAUCAGCUUUUUAUUUUUCACAGGAUCCCUUACUAGGUUAUCUCUAAUUCUGCCUCUGCUUUUUAAAGUGUAAACUUAUUUAUCAUGUGGGCUCAUAUUGUUCCUUUGGUUUUUACAGCAGUAAUGUAAAUUCAUGUUGCUUUGCAAAAUGCUGCCCAAAUGUAAGAACAUAAUUGUAGGUUGAGUUGCAGUUGUAAUAUGAAAGGUUAUACUCUCACAUGCCAUCUCAUUUGAAUGAAAUCCUAUUCAACAGAAACAACGGUCCUUGGGAGAGUUGAGAGGUAAUGUGUUUGAAAUCUGCUUUGGCUCUGACUUCUCCCUUUGUCAUUGUCUGAUUGGUUGAUCACCAGAUUCAUGUUGUGAUAAAUGCUCUUUUCUCAUUGUAAGAUCUAAGUAGACAUUAGGCCCUCAAGAGGUAUUAUGAAGUAGCAGGCUGACAAGACUGAAAAUAAGAGAUGGAUUACCACGGUGUAGUUGUUUGAAGCUCUUGUCCAAGUGCUCUGAGAUCUGUCUGGCAACAGCAAUCAAGGUGAAUUCAAUCAAAUCACUUAGGAGAGCUGAUGAUCACUCCCUCCAUGUGAGUGUUUUGUCAUAAAUGUAACAUACUCUAUACCUACCUUUUUAAGAGACCAAAAACUCAUUUUGUGUCUGUAUGUGUUUGUAGUUUGACCUUUUUGUUCAACUCGGUAGGGUGGUAGGAUCUUGACAUGAUUCAGGAGAUGGUAUGAAAUUACAAUUUAUUAGUUCAUUUGAGAAUGAUAAUUGAGAGCUUUUAUUUUGUUGCCAGUAAUUGUGGUUUAGCUUUGUUCUCCUUGACUGUAAAUUCAUUUGCAAGUUGAAACUGUGCUUUUUGAUUGCUCAGUCGUUUGUUUUUUUUUUUUUUGUUUGUUUUUUUCUGAUGUAAUUGGCCUUAGGAGAUAAAUACGAAUGUGGUGUGUUUAAAAAGUAAAAACUUUGUAUUUCCUUUUAUAUUAGGUAUUUCUUUCUUCUUUGGUGCAGUGUUGUGUUUUUAUUUCAGGUUUGUGCACUGUCCACUCCAGUCCAUUCUGUCAACACUUUGUGUCAGAUCUGAGGCACUCUGGGGAGUUGUUAACUUAUUGGCAUAGUUGAAUAAACUUUCUGGUAAACGUC